AUGAAUGUUUGGAGGCGACAAAAUGGCGAAAGCGGCACUGAUAAGUUUCUUGAUCUGAUUGCAGAUCCAUUCCAAGGUGAAAUCCAAGAGAAUUCGAUUUACGCCGCUAUUGUAUAUUCAUUCGUUAUAUCCGGUCUAUUGGUAAUUGUAUUCUGCUUCCUCCGACCCCGCAACUCGCGAGUCUACGCGCCACGGGCGAAACACGCCGAUGAGAAACACCGACCGAAACCCUUGGACAAAAAGCCAUUUAGUUGGUUGGAUGCGGUCAAAAAUGUGAAGGAGCAGGAGCUUGUGGAUACUAUCGGUCUGGAUGCAGUGGUAUUCCUACGGUUCCUUCGAAUGAUUCGGGACAUCUUCACUGUGUUGACAAUUGUUGGUUUGGGCAUUCUGAUACCGGUCAAUGUCGUGGGAGGCUCGCCACUGUACAAGCAGUGGAAAGACGUACCGACGUUGAUGAAAUUCACCCCUCAGUAUAUCUUUGGAAGGAAAUUCUGGGCAUACGUUGUUGUGGCGUAUAUAAUCCAGGGCGUUGUGUGUUUUUUCCUCUGGUGGAACUACAGAGCUAUUCUGAAGCUUAGGCGUGCGUAUUUCAACACCCAGGAAUACAAGUCCAGCUUGCACUCGCGGACGUUGCUGCUUACACACGUUCCCGAACCAUCGCGGACGGAUGCUGGGCUUGUCGAGCUUGUAGAACAAGCCAAGUCCAUCGACACCAUUCCCCGGACUGUGAUCGGUCGCAACGUCAAGGAUUUGCCAAAGCUUAUUGAAGCGCGUGAUGACGCUGUCCGCCAACUCGAAAAGCACUUGGCGGAAUACCUGAGCAAUCCAAACAAGCUACCCGCCAAGCGUCCUACCUGUAAAGCCAUGAAAGACGACCAGGCAGUGCAUGGCAAAGGAAAACUCGAUGCGAUUGAUUACCUAACGGACCGAAUCGCAAGGUUGGAGACAACGAUCAAGGAAGUACGAGAGGGUGUCGACAUGCGGAACCCGAUGCCGUAUGGGUUCGCAUCAUACGCGCACAUCGAAGAUGCCCAUGCGGUUGCGUAUGCGACAAGGAAGAAGGGCCCUGCUGGUUGCGAUGUUUACCUUGCCCCCAAACCCCAUGACCUACUCUGGCAGAACCUUCCUAUGACACGGAGAACUCGCAGAAUACGUGCUUUCUGGGACGGUCUAUGGGUCGUAUUGUUCACCAUCGCUUUCGUUGUUCCUAACAUCUUGACUUCGGUCUUCCUGUCAGACUUCUCCCACUUGGGGCUUGUAUGGCCAGCUUUCAUGACGAACCUUCAAGCCCACCCGACCGGUUGGGCUAUUGCACAGGGUAUCUUGGCUCCCUUGGUGCAAACUCUAAUGUAUAUGGGAGUUCCUGUAGUGUUCCGUCGACUUUUCACACAUUCCGGAGACGUCUCGAAAACUUCCAGGGAACGCCAUGUCACUGCUCGUCUAUACUCUUUCUUUGUAUUCAACAACCUCCUCGUAUUCUCCGUGUUUGGUUCGGCGUGGCGGUUCGUUGCUGCCGUCGUCGCAGCGCAGGAUCAAGGCGUCUGGGAAGCCAUCCAGGAUGGCCAUCUGUUCACCAAGGUUAUGACUGGCCUAUGCAAUGUGUCUACUUUCUGGCUUACCUGGCAAAUGCAACGCAACCUCGGUGCUGCUAUCGAUCUAUCGCAGGCCUGGAUAUUCUUGUGGUCCUGGUUCCAGCGUACUUUCUUUUCGCCAACUCCGAGGGAGCUGAUCGAACUUAGCGCGCCGCAGCCAUUUCCAUAUGCCGACUACUACAACAACUACCUCUUUGUAUCGACGGUGGGUCUCUGUAUGGGAACUCUACAACCGAUCAUCUUUCCGGUGACGGCCUUUUACAUCGCGAUGGACUCUGUCUUCAAGAAAUAUCUGCUCCAGUACGUUUUCAUCACGAAGACCGAAUCAGGCGGCAGAUUCUGGAAGCUCCUAGUCAACCGCAUGCUCUUUGCAGUUGCCUUUGCAGACGCGGUCAUUGCGCUGGUCGUUGGCGCAAACGGUGUCGGAUCGAUCGAUUUUGACAAUAUCCAAGUAGGAACUGGCAACAUGCUCUAUGCGAUGGUUCCGCUGCCAUUUCUGCUAUUUGGCUUCAAGUGGUACUGCAGACGAGCUUUCGACGAUAAGCUGCUGUACUACUCCACACUCCCCUAUUCCGACGUGGAGGGCUCUCAUUCCGUGGAUCACCCGAAAUCGAAGAAGAGUACCAAGGUCUCGUCUCGCUAUGGUCAUCCUGCGCUCUACAAGAAGCUACUGACGCCAAUGGUACAUGCAAAGUCUCAGCAUCUCCUGAAGGAGGUGUAUGGUCACCGAUCGAACGCUGAUCGAGACAUCUUCGACGCACCCCACCGCCGUUCGACCGACCGCGCCAUGCCAUCUACACCAGGCUACGACCGUUUUGGUGAUUAUUUCAUGACAGAAAUGGAUUCUCAUCAGCCCGGCAAGCAUGUGACUGGUGGAACAGAAAUCCCUCACAUGGAAGUCGUCACUGAGUCAGAGCUCGAUUUCGAGAACUUCAAGAAACGUGCAGAAUUCCGGGAGCAGUUUGGUGGCGAUGGGGAGCUAUACGGCCGAUCCGAUGACAUGUCAAGGCCUGGCACUCCUUCUACCUUCACUACACUCACCGAAAUGGGUCCGUAUGCACGUCGGGACUCACCGUCAGGGUCGAGGGCCUCGAGUCGUACACGACUAGGAGAUAAGGAAGAACUGGAGCAGGGAACAUCGUACGCUAAGGGCUACCAGAAGGCGGCGCGGCCUGAUGAAGGGUUCGAAGAUGUUGGCAUCGAUGUCGAUAUCCCGGCCACGCCGUUUGAUGCUGACGCAGUACUACACGGUAUGAGUAGCCGCCAGCCGCUUGUCAGUGCGGACGAAAGGGAUGGUGGCGUAGAAUACUUCGGUCGUACCAGUCGGUCUCAAGACGAGGACACAAGCUAUGAGCGCUUUAAACAGGCUCGAUGA